ACAUGAGAUCCGCCCAGCCAGAUACCGCACACGUACACGUACGUACGGUACGUAUACCGUACACAUGCGUUGAACAGCUGAGACCGCGCCGAUGACGAACCUCUGCCUCUGGCUUUGAAAUGGAGUAACUGGUACGUGAUAAUAAUGAACCGCUGUUUUGAAAGAAAGACACAAAUAUCUACAGGGAAAUUAAUGCAAACUGGACUAAUAUUUCUGAUCAUUGGAAAAACUGUGCUGACCUGACUGCUGGGCGUCAGCCUCUAUUGAUCUGAUACCAUCGAUACGAAAUGGUCAUCUGUUGAUUUGGAGGUCUUACACCAGACCCCAACACGUUGCUUACUUUUGUGGGCCAUUUCUAAAAAAUACCGGAUUUGGGAAAUCAUGUCAUGUGCAACUUUUUGUGCAAGGAGAUUGUCUUUGACUAGCCGCCAAAAUGUGUUCAGAAAGUUUGUUCAUGAAGAUGCUGUUACAAGCAGAUAUUUCAACAAGAAACUGGAGACAAAGUCAAAAAAGUUCUCAGAGGAGCAAUUCAAUGUCUCUGCUAAAUCUACAGGACUCAUGAAAAAUUCUGGCCAUUAUAGAUGCAUUCUCAAUUUAAAAAAUGUGUAUCAUCUUGCCACAUACACAAUUAGUCAAAAUUGUGGAAAACACCUUUUGGCAAGGUACAGUACAUGUGCCUUUGGUAAUGGUGGACAAACAUUAUUAUUGUAUAGACAAGCUUUAGAUUCUAAUAUGUUUCUGACCAGGAACUAUCACCAAGUGCUACUAGCAAGAUGGAAACCAUGUGCUGGGAUGAACUUCUCAGUGACAGGAGAACAUCCUUGUAUAGCUGAAUGGAAAGAUCAUCAGCCGUUAACAAAGCUUUCAAAUGGUGCAUUAGCAGUUCAAGUAUGCUUUAAAUCUACAACGACAUCAAGAGACAAGGUCCGGGCAAGGUUGCAGCGCAAGCUUCCAGAGCUUAAGGAGGAGGAGUUAGAAGAGCAAUUUGUUAGGGGGUCUGGACCAGGAGGUCAGGCGACCAACAAGACCAGUAACUGUGUGGUCCUCAAGCAUAACCCUACUGGACUUGUUGUCAAGUGUCAUCAGACACGAUCUCAGAGUGAAAACCAGAAGAUAGCCCGUCUCUUGAUGAAGGAGAAGCUGGAUCAACAUCUCCAUGGCAACCAAAGCUCCCUCGCGCAACAUCAGCAGGCGAUGCACAAGAAACGAGAGGAGAAGAAGCGAAAGACCAGACUGAAAUUGGAAAAGCUGAAGGUGCUACGAUCAAGUGGAGAUGAAGAGGAGUCGGGUGGUUCGGGAAAUCAAGAUGCUGUAAAGGACAAAGUUACAUUUGAUGCUUCCUCAAACACUGAAGGGGAAUCUAACCCAGAUGGAAAGUUUGUUUAAAAGAAGAAGAAGAAGAAAUGAAAAUCAGAGAUGCAGUUUUGUGAAACACUAAUCACACAAAUAAUAAAAACUCAACAUAUUUUAAAAGUUGUAAUCUCUCCAGUUAUUGAGGUUUGAACUUUGCCACAUUGGUGAUUUCAUUAUGAUGUAGAAAAAAAAAUCAGAGAAGCAGUUCGGUGAAAGUAAAAAAUAAAAAAAUCAAACGAUCAAUAAAAAACAAUGUUUUUUAAGUUCUUAAAAGUUGUAUUAACUCUAGUUAGGUUUCAACUAGGCCACAUUAUAUUAUAGCAUUAGAUUAGAGAUUUGGCUCUAAUACACAUAAUCUUGACUAAAUAUGUGACCUGCCACACCAAAACCAACAAUAAGUCGACCAAAAUGAAUAUUGAGAUUUUUAUUGAGCUUGAAAUUUCAUUUCCUAAGCUUUAAAAUGAUAUAUGUUAAAAUUGACCAACAAUAACCAUUACAAGUACUUAAUUGAAUGCAGAGGAAAUUCAGCAAGAGCUUAAAAAAUAAGGAGAAAACAAGGUUUGAAGUUUGGGGUUCACUCAAGCAUGAGAUGUGCAUACUGUGUAAUCUCAGUGAUACUUCCAAGCAGUCUGAAAAAGUAGUGUCCAAGAAACUCUUGUAUCUUUUCUUGUAUUCAACUUCACAACUUCAAAUUUUCACAGUAUGAAGAAGAAGAAUUGCUCUUUCAGGUAAGCGGAUUUUGGAGACUAAAUUACUAUUUUGGCUAUUGACAGAGAACCUUACCUGGGGGCCGUUUCAUAAAGCUGUUCGUAAGUUAAGAGCGACUUUAAGAACGACUGGUGAACCUUUCUUACGCACUAAACCAUCGCCAAUGGUGUAUAACAUUUACCAAAAGAAAGGAUCACCAGUCGUUCUUAAAGUUGCUCUUAUCUUACGAACAGCUUUAUGAAACACCCACCUGGCGACUUAUUGGUGGUUUUGGGGUGGUAGGUCACAUAUGUCUUCUUUCUUUCAAAGUUUAAUCAGAAUGAUAUUUUUCUGCUAUUAAGACAUAUAACAAUAAGCAGCCUGUGAUAUUUUUAUAACUGCUCCGAGAGGAUGCUGAGGAAAAAAAAAUUCCUUAUGCUCAGUAUAGGGAGAAUAAGAGAGAAUGGUCACUCACUACCAUUUAUUGUGAUGAUCUCACCUGAUUGCCAAUAUGCUAUUUGCAGAGUCUUUGAGAUCUCAUUUUUAGCUUAUGCCGUGGCGUGGCGUCCGUCGUCUGUCCACAAUUUCAAAAUGCUUCUUCUUCGCCAUUUCAAGUCCAAUUUCAAUUCUGUUUGCUUUAUAUGAUAGCACUAGGUGGGGGAUUCAAAACUUCUACUCAGAAUUUUGAAAUUCAUUAAAUAUGCUAAUUUAUGCGCAUUUUUCAAAAUUCACAAAAAAUGCUUCUUCUUUAUUUGUGGACCGAUUUUGAAUUUUUUGUUUCCAUCUGGUAGAGCUUCAUGAGAUUUACCAAACUUCUGCACAGAAUUUUUAAAUUUGGAGUUGAAAAUUAUUUAUGCUAAUUUAUGCGAAAUUCAUACAUCACAGAAAAUGCCUCUUUAUUUGUUGACUGAAUUUCAAAAUGCUUCUUCUUCGUCAUUUCAAGUUUGAUUUCAAUUCUGUUUGCUUCAUAUGAUAGCAUUAGGUGGGGAUUCAAAACUUCUACACAGAAUUUUGAAACUCAUUAAAUAUGCUAAUUUAUGCAUAUUUUUAAGAAUUCACAUAAAAUGCUUCUUUAAUUGUUGACCGAUUUUGAUUUUUUUUCUUCCAUCUGGUAGAACUUCAUGAGGUUCACCAAACUACUACACAGAAUUUUGAAAUUCUCAGUAGAAAAUUAUUAAUGCUAAUUUAUGUGAAAUUUAUUUAUAAAUCUCAGUAAAUGCCUCUUCUUUAUUUGUUGACCAAUUUUGAUUUUUUUUCUUCAAUCUGGUAGAGCUGCAUGAGGUUCACCAAACUUGUACACAAAAUGUUGAAAUUUUGUCUAGAAAAUUAUGCUAAUUUAUGCAAAAUUUAUUCAUAAUUUACAAAAAUGUUUUUUCUUCUUCAUUUGCUCGAGGUGAUGAUACAAAAUUUCAACACAGAAUUUUGAAACUCAUUAAAUAUGCUGAUUUAUUCAUAUAUUUUCAAAACUCACAAAAUAUACUUAUUUAUUUGUUGUUUGAUUUUGAUUAUUUUUGUUCCAUCUGAGAGCUACAUGAGGUUCACCAAGGUUCUACACAGAGUUAAGAAAUUUUGACGAGAAAAUUAUUUAUGCUUAAUUUAUAUGAAAUUUAUUCAAAAAUCACAAAAAAUGCUUCUAUGUCAUUUCUUCAUCAAUUUCAAUUCUAUAUCCUCAAUUUAUGUCACCAAUAUAAUUUACUACAGUGUCAACUGGGCUGAAAUUAAAAUUGUGUUAAAUUUCGUUGCGAUAUGCCGGAUGAGCUCCACAUCAUUGAUGUGCUAGUUGCAGCCAUUAUGACACCGUUCUCACUACCUUCCUAAAACUAGUUUUCUGGAAACUAGUUUAACGUGUAGUGAGGACAGUCAAAGCGAUCUUCCAAACCGGUUCAGAAAACCACUUCGCGAUGUACUUUUCAAGAUCGCUUUGCCUCAUUAAACUGAUUUAAGCGUGAGGACACAACCGUUCUUCGGGAAGCGAUCUUCGCACAUUUUGAGUGCGCUACUCAACAUGAAAGGUGUAGAAUGCCUACGCUGCAGUUCCGAAUUUGGCACGAAACGUGUCACCCCACUGAGAGCGUUUCCACAGCAACAAGAUCGCUUUACGUGAAGUGAUUUUGAAGACCACUUUCGUAUGAUCAAGUGGGAACGCUAGCAAAGCGAUCUUCCAAACUGGUUUCCUGAAUCGGUUUCCAGUAAACUAGUUUUAGAAAGCGUAAUGAGAACGGUGUCUACUUUCUUCUUCCUGUGUCCAAUUAAUUCCAAACUUCACCACUGUGUUUUUCUUACUUUUCUCCUUUCAUACAAAUCAUCUCAUUACCAGUAAGCUUAGAUUUCCAUUUCAAUAAAUUGUGAGAAAUACCAAGCAUGUACAUGUAAUAUUUUUCUAAUCUGAUGAUACAUACAGGUACAUGUAUGUAAUAAAUCUUCUAUCAAGAUAUACUUGUAAACCCUAAUUUGCAAUGGUAGGGACGUCAUUUUCUUACCCUAACAUAUGUCAUGGGAAAAUAUAAUUCACAGCACAUAUGUCAGGGUCAGUAGGAGAUAAUGUGAAAUAUGUAAAAUAGAGCGGAAAAUCUGAAAAUUUGUGUACAAAACAAAUGGAGAGUUGUCCACAAAAUCAGCCGUUUUGAAGCACGUUUGCCAAUUUGAGGAUCCCCAUAGAAAGUACAAGACUUUUUAAACGUCCAUAACUUGCUUAUUUCAUAACCGAUUUUGAUGAAACUUGUUUUAAAUUGUUCCUCUCAUUUUACUCUUUCCAAUAAGAUUUCUUCUCUUCUUGGGUUUUGGUUUCCUUUAAUAAAUAUUCUGUAUGCUAAAGUCAAGUGGGUUUCUAGUUCUACCCUUUAUAACCGUAAUCAAAUUAAAGUUGAUGUUUACAGAUGUUGAGUAACACAUGCUGUUGAUGCACCUUUUUAGUAUAAAGCAUAGUAAUUAUAAAAAAAAUCCAAAUAAAAUCAUUUGUAUUACAGUUAUACUGGUUCUUUAAUAAAAAGUAAAUAAAAAAAUAUGGUUCCCCUUAA